AUGCCAUACGUAGAAACAUUUGGUCCUACCAUGAUUAUUCUCAACAUGUUUGACAUCUUCAUAGUCACCAUAACAUUCAUCGUAGACCUAGUCUUACUGGCCAGUAACAUUGAAGACGACAACCCUGGAACGAGAGCCAUUACAUUAUUAAUUUCAUUCAGGUUUUGGAGACUAUGUGGAAUCUACCAUACGGGGGUGUCGAAGGCGAGAGAGGAGGCAUCAACUGAACUACAGAUGGAGAAAUAUGCUAGGAAUCAGGCUGAAAUACAAGCUGACGCAUUACAAGCACAGUGUGAUCAACAAUUAAAAGAGAUAGCUCACCUCAGGGAUUAUAUGAGACAACACAGUCUGGAUCCUGACUCGCCCAAGUUGGGGUUUCCCCCAGACUACAGGCAUCGCUACACGAUAGCAGUGGACUUUGAUAAGGCAGAUACUAUCAGGGUCAACGAUAGAGUUAAUUCUGAAUCCUCGUUAGCCAGUGCAAUAGCCAAUCUAGAGUCGUCAACGAAGGUAGAAACAUCGGGGAGAGGAGAGGGUGGAAGAGGGGAAGGAGGAAGUGGAAUAAGAAGAGGUCAGAGGUCGGAUAAUAAUCCAUCAUCGUCCACAUCGACGCCGACGGUCAGACCGAGCCAGCUCAAUAAUUUAAGUGCAACUCCCACCACGAGCCGGUUGUCGAGAGAAGGGCGUAGCAAUCCCAGCUAUGAGGUAGAGGUCGGUGAAGAAGCCAAAGAGAGGGAAGGAGAAAGAAGGGGAGAUGCUGAUGUUACCACGGAAACCGGAGCACUGAAAGGCAUCACUAACCUUGGGUUUGAAGAUGACCAUUCGGCAGAUGGUGACAUGGUGGAAGUUGGCGAAGGAGAUGGGGCGAUACCGGAAGUACCACCCGAAGGACCAUCGCCAUCAACAAAUAACAAUGCAGAUGAUGAAGCCCAACUCAGAUUAGAAUUGGACGAGAUUAGGAGACUGUCGGACGCAGCGCUCAUGGAAGAAUUUGGAUCAUCGUCAGUGACGCAAGACAUUAACGGAGUCCCUACAACCUCUCUAUGAGAGCCCCGGUAUGUUCAGUCACUCCUUCUCGUCAAAGGUGGUGAAACAGAUCAAUGUACUCUCAGACCCGCAGUUGGGAGUUCCAAUGCAUAAUCAUUGAAUCAGUAUUGACGAUCAACUGCGUAAGGGCACUCAUCAAAAUCAGAGGACUAUGUAAUGGAUAAACAGCGAACUCCUGAAUCGCUUAUGCCUACCUUACGACCGGUUGAAGUAACAAAGUUGAAUGAUUACUGGGUAUCAUGGUGGAAGAUGUAUUACUUAUCAAGCUAAUCCAUUGGAGUCGGGUUAAAGCAGUCAAAGCAGUGGAUCCGCGUCAUCUAUUUCUCAGAUCUAUCUUCUGAUCACCAUAUUGGAGUUAGGAGUGUUUGGCCAUUGGAUCAAUUUAGGAUGGUCACGAAAAUCAGAUGGAAUCUUGGAGGACCAAAAAGGUCUACUCUGGUAUACUAGUAUUGAUAAUAAAUCUGUCAGGUGUAUUAGUUAUACACGGCCAUAGCCUGAAUCGAUCAACUGCCAUUGACGGUCACGCUGUCAAUGCCCCUUCGACGGUUUAUGAUGCCCUCUAAAAGAAUGAGAAAUUCACAGCCAAAAAGGAGAACAUUUCAUGAAAGUACUUAAUCUGACAGAGUAAUUUUCAUCUAAGAGUUACUAUAGGAACCAGCUGUGCUUCUUAGGCAAUCAAAAUCAAGGAAUAGUGUCCGACCAACAACUUGAUAGACAGUUAACAUCGUUAAAUUGCUCUCUAGAUCACCAUGUUGAAGGCACAGCGUUAGGUUACUGGAUCAACGUAGGAUGGUCACAAAAAUCAGUUGGAGUCUUGGAGGUCCAUAAAGGAGUACCAUGGUAUUUUAUUAAUAAAUCUCUACUAGGUGACUUAGCUGGUCCCAGCUGUUAUAUUAAUUGGUGGUUUUGGGCGAUUUUGUUCGAUCACUUCAAUGAGUAUCUGCAAAGAGUUUUGCUCAAAGCUCUUUACCAGUAUCCAGUUUCUUGAGGGCUCCUCUUUUCAGUGCUUACGGCUGGAAUUUACAGUGGAACUUGAUUCAAGAAGACUUCUUCGAGGAGAUGCAAUCGAUCUUAUGACUGAUCUCAACUGUAGGUCUGUCCUAAACCAUGUAUUAAUGGGUUUGCAAUCGAUCAUAAUAUUGGUCGUGUAUCUUGGUGUGACAGGGCACCAACAGAGCAUGAGUAUGAUCAGUGGCGUACCGUGACCCGGAGGAGACAAUGAUUGGAGGGGCACUGUAUUGUUUGUGAAUAAUGUUGUGCCCCUCCAAUGCUUUGUCUCCUCUGGGUCAUGGUCCGCCACUGAGUAUGAUCCUAAAGACACUGAUAGAGUAAGGAUCCAUUCUAUUCAAUGUGGUUACGUUGAAUCAAAGGAUAAAUAUUUUCCAUGAUCAAAUGUAAGAUAAAUGUUGAUAUAGAUGUGUAUUGUGUGACUGCUGGUCAGGACUGAUUGGAUGUCAGUCAGCCAAUCGCCUGAUCAAUUCCCACCGCAGACAAUGUUUUAGGCCUAUAAAGACAGUAAUUGGCUAAAUAGCCUUAAAACAUAUUCCAGAUAGAUGGACUUGUUUUUUUCUCUUUUCUAUGGCCUGUAUUCUGAAAUUCAAUUUAACUCAGGCCAUGGUCUAACUCUGCUAAAGUUAUGGGAAGCCAAAAAUGUCAAUUUUGUUAACAUUGCAUGUUUCUUAGGUUUACUGAACGCUUUCAUCAUGCUAUAAUGGCAAAGAAAACUGAUUCAGUUAUUAUUCAUAGCCAGUAGUGAAUGAUCUGAGUAUAAGAAGAGCUGAUAAAUGGAACCUGUAAUGUUAAAGAUUUGUGUCACAAUUGGCUUUCCAUAGUUAAACCACAACGUAAAACCAGAGUUUGAAUUUAAUCUGAGUUCAGAAUACAGGCCUGAAAGUCUGUUGCAAUGGUAAUCCAGGGUUUCAUGACACAAAGCUUAGUAGUGAUUGAUUGUAGGCUGGUUUUUACAAUUGAUUUCAAUGAUCAUUAUGUGCAAUCUAAUCAACUCAACAAUCAAUCGCCUGGCAUUUUGAUACAAGGCCCCAGUGUGUCAAUACAUACAUUUUGUCUUGUAUUAUAACAGUGAAUGGUCAAUUGCCACAUUGUCUUCAACCAUUUCAUGAAAUAAAAAAGUGUAAUUCUUGUCUAGCUCAUUUUACUAUUUCUCAAUCUCCAGUGAGGUCUGACCCAUCUCAUCUAAUGCCCACUUGGUCCACUACGAGUAAGGGGGUGUUUCAAGAAAAUAUUUACAAUCAAUCGCAAAUAUUCUGUUGCAAUUUUACAAUUGAUUGAUCACUUUUAUCUGUAGCAAAUCGGAUUACACUCCCUGUUUUAAGAAGCAGUUUAGCAAUCAAUUACAAAUUGGCAAUUGAUUGCGGACAUAUGAUUGAUUUAGAGAAACUGAUUAGACAAACUUAUAAUACACUAAAUGGUCAUUAGACAUGGGGGGUAAUUGGACAAAGUUACGAUAAGUCAAUUGUUUGUUAUGACAUAAUUGGCUUUUAGACAGUGAUGAUUAAACCAAAUGAGAAUUAGACAAAAUUGAUAGGAUAUAUUGAAUUUAUACAUGUGAAAUUAGACCGAGGAGUGGUUCUAAAUGAAAUGGCUGUAGACAAAUGAAAGUGAUCUUGGGGGUUUUCACAAAGAUUUAAGUUUGACUUGAGAGUCGCAUCUAAAUUUCAGUUGCGCGUGGUAUAGAAUGCAUCACCGCAUUGGUCAGCUCAUGCGCAUGUGACAUGCACUACCAUAUAUAUCGAACAGGUUACCCAUUAAAUAACAUGCAUACAUUGGCUAAGUCAAACUUAACUCUUAGUGAAUCUCUCCCCCCCCCCCCCAGUAUUCUAACCCAUGACCAGAGAGGAGUUAGCCAAUCAAUGGUAUUCAUUUUUUACUAAGAAGUAUGAUCAAGUAUUCACAAAUAUUCCACUAAUUUGUGUGAAAUGUAUUCUUAUGUAUGAAGUUGAGUUUUCAUUUUCUUUUAAUUAGUGCUGAACCUAUUAAAGCAAUAUUUAUCAUUGUGUUUUUGUUUUGCUUUCAACUUUAAUAAUGUCAUUUCUUUUGAAGGAUUAUGCCUGAAAAACUGUCACUCAUUUCACUCGUGGUAGACUUCAGCCGCUGAAAGACAAGGCAUGAAAUAUUUGUUAGUUUAUGUUGGGGGUGGUUAUUAUAUAAAUCUUUACUCUAAUCAUUUUUGGAAUUCAUUUGGGUAAUUAAAAAUUAUCAGAAAUCCUUGUUUGAGUAUUUUGUUAUUUCAUGAAAUAAAAAGCAUUUAAAAGUAUUCUCAACAACUGUACUUGAAAUUAUCCACAUUAAUUGGGAGUGUUGUACUUUGAAUUUGAGGGGUCUUUUAUUGUAUUCAUUACUAUAAUAAAUGUUUUUAUAUUGUUUAGGCCUAUACCUUGAUUAUGACAUUUUUGUUGAUUUUUUUGUUAAUCUAUGCUAGAAUUUAGCAUUUUAUGGUGUGCAGGUUUGUGAAAGCUAUAAAUAUCUUUAUCAACUAGUAUCUAUGUGCAAUUACUAUUUAUGCCAUAUAAUUGUAGUGAAUAUUUUCAUGGAAUUCUAUUGCUGUUUAUGAAAAUAUAGUUCUUUUUUUCAGUCGUGUCUGGAGGCGAGUUUUUUUAAUUUUUUUUUUUACUAACAGUCCCAAAUAUGUGGAAUACAAUAAGAUUUGUUGUGUGGGUGCUGUAUAAACAUUGCUGACACUUUUUAUUUGUGGAAAUGUGGCAAUCAUAUGAGGGUUAUGUAUGAUCGCCUUUGCUGUAGUGAAGUUGUCUUCAGAGUUUGCUUUUUUACGUUAACAACAAUAUCAUAAGCAUCACCAUCUUCGAAACAUCCCAAUAUUUAUUAAUGUAUACUUCAAGGUCUGACAAGCAGAAAUACGAAACACGCCAUCUGAGAAUAUUUCUCAAAUCUCACUUGCAUAAUUAGAUGCUGUUCUUUUUUUAUUGAAAAUUACAGUACAAAACACAGACUUCAUAAUACACAUUUUGAGUUGUGAAUAGAUUUAA